AUGCCUGCUCCCGCCGGAACCAAGCGCGUGCGCGGGGUCCAAAUUUAUCGUCCCUUCAUCUACGGCACCGAAGCCAUUCCCUUCGACCCAGAAAACCGCCCGAAAGACGCGCCACCCGAUCAUACACACAAAUGGAAAGUUUUCGUGCGUGGGAUCAACAACGAAGACAUUUCGUACUGGCUGCGAAAGGUACAAUUCAAACUCCACGACACAUACGCAAACAGCGUUCGCAUGAUCGAAAGUCCUCCGUUCGAGGUGGAAGAAACAGGCUGGGGUGAAUUCGAGAUCGCUAUCAAGUUCUAUUUUGUGCCCGAGAGUACCGAGAAACCACAACAGAUCUGGCACGGACUGAAAUUACAUCCAUACUAUGGGGAUAUUGAACAGCAGAAGAGGGACAGGUCUAUGAUCAGCAGCGUCUGCUAUGAGGAGGUGCUGUUCAAUGAGCCCGUGGAAGCUUUUUACGAGAUCCUUACGGGAGGUGCUCAAACGUCCAAACCAAAGGCUGGAAAAGGAGGAAAGGGAACAAUCAAGCCGCCGCCCACCGCGGAGAUUCCCAUGAAAAGUUCUCCUGGCAACAAAUUCAGCAGAGAAGAGGAAAGUAAGGAGCUGGAUCGUCUGGGAGAAGCGGUCAAGCAAGUCCAGAGGUUGAUUGCGGAAGAAAAAGCGAAACUCAUAAAGGAAGAGGCGAGACUGCAGGACCUGGAAAAGACAGAAGGGAAGCCCGUGAAGAAGAAAUAA